AUGUUCUACCAAGGCGACCUACAGAGUGGCAUUGCCACUGCUAUGCGCGAAGCGAAGCCUGUUGUUUGUUUCAUCCGUGAUAAUCAAGAAGAAAGCACAACAUGGGAGGAUGAAUAUUUUAAUAGUGAAGAGCUACGUCAAUUACUAUCAGACAGCUCGGUCACUCUGCGUCUCAUAGCCGGUACCCAAGAAGCCGGAUUUCUUACUUCCAUAUGCCCUAUUCAGACCUUUCCGGCGGUUAUAGUUAUAAGAAACGGAACGUUGCAGGAAUAUCUUGUCGCGGGGACAGCCAAGGAUGCUUUUCAGACAAGGUUGAAAACGGCGAUUUCUACAGAUACUGCGCCAGUUGAACUGUCUCCCCCAGUGAGUUCUUCGGAUACGACAUAUAACGCUGAAUCACAAGCACCAUCACAGAGCGCGGGAGCGAUACAUGAGCCUGCGCAGGCACCUAUUGUUCCAACGCCUCAACCGCAGGAAGAGUCGGUGCGAAUAUCUCCUGUUUCCCAACUACCAACAUCGCAGCCAAUCCCUGCAAAUGCAGAAGCAUUGAAUAGAGAGAGUAUACGAGCUGGCAAGCGGCCCGCGACCCGCGAGACUCCCGAGCAAAAGAAAGCUCUACAAGAAGAGAAAGAGCGCAGUGCACUACAAGCCAAGCUUCAACGAGAGCAAAAGGAACAGCAAAAGGAACGAGAACGAAUCCGCAAUCAAAUCAAAAGGGACCAAGAAGCGCGGAAGCACAGUGCUGCAGUAGAAAAGAACUAUUCCGACGCAGCCACUUCUUUAGCGGGCGCAAGGGCAAAGAAACAGCCAUCACAAUACCGUCUUCAAAUUCGUCUCUUUGAUGGAAGUUCUGUUCGCAAUAGCUUUCCACCGUCGGCGACGAUACGGAAAGAUGUUCGUCCGUGGCUUGAGAGCCAGCGCUCAGAUGGCGCAGAGCCAUAUAAUCUUAAACAUAUCCUGACUCCACUUCCGAAUCGGACAAUCUCUGUCGCAGAGGAAGAGCGGUCUUUAGAAGAGCUGGAGCUGGGACCAACGGCUAGUCUUGUCAUGGUUCCCGUGCCGUCGUAUAUCGAAGCUUAUGCUCCGACAGGUGUGGUGAAUAGUCUUCCAGGCAGGGUUGUAUCGUCAGGUUAUGGUCUUGUUUCUGGGGUAGUGGGCGGUGUCGCUGGUAUGGUUGGGGGUUUGUUGGGAUAUGGGAACACUUCCAAUCAAGCGAAAACCACCACGUCGAAUUCAGAUAGUCAGCAGACUGCACCGACAACGCCGUCAACUACGAGGACGAGAAGCAAUGGGGGCAUUAACAUUCGAACGAUACAUGAUCAGAGGAAUGAGCGGGAUCAAAAUGAGUUUUAUAACGGCAAUACUUUGAACUUCGAGCCGAGACAAGGCGACGACUCAAAAGACAAGUAA